AUAUUUAGCCUGUGUAUUCCUGUAAAACAGACUGAUCACGAAUUGUAGAAUUUUGGAAGAAACGGCGUCACAAUUCAAUAAAAUACCACGAGUAUUAAGACUCGGAGAAAAAAAAUAUCCUUGGGAAAAAAAGGUCGGAGUGUUCCUUUUCUUUAUUUGUUUUUUUUUUAGGUUAAAGGUCGUUUUAUACUUUUCUUUUUUUAUAAUGACUUAUUUUUAUAUUGUUCCCUUUUUUUGUUUUUUGUUUUUUAGAAUUAGCGGAAAUGAAUAAAGAAAAGAAGGAAAGAUUAACGAAUGUUAUUCGUCGCCUUAUAACGUUUAGAUCUUGUAAAGUCGGAUCAAUGUCUUAUUGCUCUCUGGCUAAGAAAGGCUUUUAUUUUAAUUCGGAGAUUAAUGUCAUUGAGUGCCACGAGUGUGGAAAAUUAUAUUCGGCUUGGAAAGAUGAUGUAAAUCAUUAUGCAUUUUGUAGCUAUGGUACAGAACCGUUUCCGCGUUUAGUUAAAACUACGAGAUAUGAUGCGGAUAGUUUUAGACAUUUUCCCAGUCCGCAGCCGGUUCUUGCCGUUCCAAAGAAUAUGAGCGAAUCUGAUAGCGAAUCUGAAGAAAAUGAUAAUUUAAACUCUGACCAAGAAAAUGAACGUCGACAAACGGAAAAGGAAUCGGAAAGUUACCAAGAAGCGCUUUUCAAGUAUCAGGAAGCGAUGAGAAAACUUGACAAUGAUAUUCCUUUACGGACAUUGCUUCGUAAUGAUUUGACUAUACAGAUGAACCGUUAUAAAACAUUUUCCACUACGUGCGCUCCCUGGCCUUGGAGAGGCGUAAUCCCAGGACGAGAAUUAGCGAGAUGCGGCUUCUUCUUUUGUGGUGAUACGGAUCGUGUUCAAUGCUUUAGUUGUGGAAUUACUCUUAGGAAAUGGAGUUAUGGCGAUAUGCCUUUUGAGGUUCAUCUAAAAAAUUCGCCGUCUUGUCGUCACGUUAAGAAAUUAGUUGAUGAUAGAAAUCCAUUUAUCUAAAAACAAAAAGAAAAACAGGAAAGAGGAAAAAAACAACAUCUAAUUAAAUCUCUAAAUAUUUAAGAUUCAAACCUUUGGAGUUGUUUGCAAUGAGUUGUGUUGUUAUGAUUUGACAUUGGUUAAGGCAAAUAAAUAUUACAGUGAUGUUACCGGUUAGAUAUUUAAAUUUAUUUGUCUUACCGGUAUUCAUUUCUGUUUUAAAAAAAUUCUAAAACUUCCGGUUUCAAUUUUUAUAUUUUUUAGGAAUCGUUCCAUGAUCACGUGAUUAAUAAUUCCAUAGCUAGGACGAGAUUAGAGAAGCUGAUGAAAUUAUUCCAAUUUUAGAAGGUAUAAUAAAUAUAUUGAUUUCUUUUAAAGAUAAACAUUCGAAUAUCGACAAGAAACAGAUACAUAUUAUAUUUCAUAAGCUAAAUAGACAGUUUGGACAAAAAAGCGAAAAAAUUGAUGGAAUUUAAAAACAAACACAAAAAAGUAAAACGAUUUAGAAUAGAAUUAUUAAUAUUAACGUUUGAAGAUGAUAUAUCUAAAACUAAUAGGGUCGGCUAAUAGAGGUGGAUUUAUAGCUUAAGUUAUAUAUCAUAUAAUAGUAAUUCCUUAAAAAGAGCAAGUUUAGCCACCAGAUGACGACACAGUAGAAAUAUAAUAUUCAUCCUAUUGUCUUUGUUUUUUUUCUGUUUUAUCCCCAUAAGGCUGUGCCCACGCCUUUCAGGUGGUGGAAAUUAUUGUUUCUGAGACUUUUCGAUUGUUUCUCCUUUGUUUGCGGGAAAAUCUAUAAUCCCUUGAUAUAUUUUAUUGUAAGUUACGCGCGCCUAAUGUUAUAUAUUCUGUAUUGUUUUCCCCAAAUAUCGAAUAUUGCCACAAUAAAAAUACAAAAUUAAUAAACUAUAUCGUAUGGAAAUGGA